CAACUUGUAACGCGUUUAACUUUUUUUGCUGGGCCCUCUCUGUGAGGCGCUAAAAGAGGUCAUGAGUCAAGAAGAGCUUUCUUUCUAGGUCAGUAGAAGAAACUGGUCUCUUGGGGAAGGAGGAGCAGCCAACAGGAGCAAAAGUUAAGUGGAACUCAGCCAACAGAGCAACUGCUUGGAUUUGCCAUCUUAGGAAUGGAAGAAGGGGGCGGGGACCCUUUGGGGCUUUUGUGCCGAGUGGGCAGGCCUGCAAAGCCGGCAUUCUGCACAAGCGGGCAGAACCCGGGUGGAGGAGGACAGCUCGGGGGCCAUCGCUGGGCGCUCGAGGGGCAGGCAGAAAACCGACUGGCAGUGCCCACACGUGUGCGAUCUCCGGGUCCGCCCGAAGCCAGGCAGCAGCAGUGCCGGACUCAUCAACCCACCAACCCCAAGGAGAGCCCGAGAGCGCCGAGCAGCGCGCGAGAUUUUAUCCUGAUGGCUGAUUCAGAACCACUGCCUACUCUGGAUGGGGACCCCAUGGCUAUGGAGGCGUUGCUCCAGGAUGUGUUUGGGAUUGUUGUAGAUGAGGCCAUUCGGAAAGGGACUGAUGCCUCUGAGAAGGUCUGUGAGUGGAGGGAGCCUAGGGAACUCAAGCAGCUACUGGAUUUGGAGUUGCGGAGGCAGGGCGAGUCGCAUGAGCAGAUCCUGGAGCGCUGCCGGACUGUGAUUCACUACAGCGUCAAGACCGGUCACCCCCGGUUCUUCAACCAGCUCUUCUCAGGGUUGGAUCCCCAUGCUCUGGCCGGGCGCAUUAUCACUGAGAGCCUCAACACCAGCCAGUAUACGUAUGAGAUCGCCCCCGUGUUUGUACUUAUGGAAGAGGAGGUGCUGAAGAAACUCCGGUCCCUGGUGGGCUGGAGCUCUGGGGAUGGGGUCUUCUGCCCUGGUGGCUCCAUCUCCAACAUGUAUGCUAUGAACCUGGCCCGCUAUCAGCGCUACCCAGACUGCAAGCAGAGGGGCCUCCGGGCACUGCCCCCCUUGGCUCUUUUCACAUCAAAGGAGUGUCACUACUCCAUCAACAAGGGAGCUGCUUUUCUGGGACUUGGCACUGACAGUGUCCGAGUGGUCAAGGCUGAUGAGAGAGGGAAAAUGAUCCCUGAGGAUCUGGAGAGACAGAUCAGUCUGGCUGAGGCUGAGGGUUCUGUGCCAUUCCUGGUCAGUGCCACCUCUGGUACCACUGUGCUGGGGGCCUUUGACCCACUGGAUGCAAUUGCUGAUGUAUGCCAGCGUCAUGGAAUGUGGUUCCACGUGGAUGCCGCCUGGGGUGGGAGUGUCCUGCUGUCACAGACACACAAGCAUCUCCUGGAUGGGAUCCAGAGGGCUGACUCCGUGGCCUGGAACCCACAUAAGCUCCUUGCUGCAGGGCUGCAGUGUUCUGCUCUUCUUCUCCGGGACACCUCGAACCUGCUCAAGCGCUGCCAUGGGUUCCAGGCCAGCUACCUCUUCCAGCAGGACAAGUUCUAUGAUGUGACUCUGGACACAGGAGACAAGGUGGUGCAGUGUGGCCGCCGUGUGGACUGUCUGAAGCUGUGGCUCAUGUGGAAGGCACAGGGCGGGCAAGGGCUGGAGCGGCGAAUAGACCAAGCCUUUGCCCUCACCCGGUACCUGGUGGAGGAAAUAAAGACGCGAGAAGGGUUUGAGUUGGUCAUGGAGCCUGAGUUUGUCAAUGUGUGUUUCUGGUUCGUGCCCCCCAGCCUGCGGGGAAAGCAAGAGAGGCCAGAUUACAAGGAAAGGCUGUCUCAGGUGGCCCCCAUGCUCAAGGAGCGCAUGGUAAAAGAGGGCUCCAUGAUGAUUGGCUACCAGCCCCACGGGCCCCGGGCCAACUUCUUCCGUGUGAUUGUGGCCAACCCCACUCUGACCCGUGCUGAUAUGGACUUCCUGCUCAACGAGCUAGAGCGGCUGGGCCAGGACCUGUAAGCUUCCACCUCAUGCAGUCACCCUGGCCCCACCAAUUCUCUCUACCAUGUCUUCUGUGUUCUCAAAAAGCAACCUUUCUAGGAAACAAAGUGGUCUUAACCAUGUCUAUGUGCUUUGACUCACUAACUCUCCUAACCAAAUAAUUGCUAUUAGGAAAAUGUUUAAAUAAA